ACACAUUGCUGCCAUGUAAUCAUGCUGAGCAAUGUUGUCUAUAACUUUACAGUGUUGGAGUCUGGUUGCGUUUAAUGUUGUUCCAUGUGUAGAUAGGGCUUUAGAAUAGAAAUAAAGGUUGACCAAAAGGUGGUGAAUCUUGAGCUGCUCUCCUGUGACCUGUCACUGAGAAGCCCUGGGUUGAAUUAAGAACUUGACUGACCAGCAAAUUUUAAACUUGGUUAAACUGUACUGUUAUCUGAGAGGCAGGGUUUAAAGUCGGGGGGGGGGGGGGAGGCAGGAACUGUGGUGGAACACAGUUACUUCUUUGUAAACAGCAGACUUUGGCUUCAUUUCUCAGGCUCGAGGGAGUGCAUUUUUCUCAGGGUUCCCCUUUCUUAGUGGCUGGUGAGGUGAGGACUUGCCAAGCAGAGGAAUCUGAAUUGUGAGCAAGAGGAAUUGCUAUUGUCUGCCUGGGAAAUUUCUGGUCCUUCAAGCCUUCUUCCCAGUAGGUGGAACAGCAGCAUCAGCUGAUCAGAGAUGAAGUCCCUAAUCUGUCUCUCCUACAAAAGUUCUUUCCAUUAACAGGUCCAAGAGGAAGAGAGGCUAGAAGAGCAGACACCAAAUCCUCCAGCAGUUCUCUUCCUCUCUCCACACUCCAGAGGGGAACGAUUCCAGGAUUCCUGUAGCAGCCUAUCUCCCUCUCCCUUCAGUGUCCUGUAGUGAAGUAGAUAUGGGUUUAAGUAAAUUUUGGUGAGUGCAACACAUCACCACAAGAUGAUGCAGUGCCACAUCAUAACAUUACUUUGAGACCUGUCACCAAGUCCACCAAAACUGAAAAAGAUUCAAGUUCUGUGGAAAAUUCAACAGCACCUCAACAUCUUUGUUGAUUUUGAUCUGCAAGUCCAGUUGAACAUCUGUAAUUGGUCCAUUGCCAGACUAUCCUAGAAGGCCUCAAUGGUAUCCGGAUAUGCCAGAAACACAAGUCUGCACAGGCCCUCUACCAGUUCAGAAAAUGCUGGAACAGGAGAGAUGAGUACUCCAUUCACUAAGACCUAGAAUUGCCUGUUGAACAACAGUCCUGAUCAGGCAAUAUACGAAUGGCCCAAGGAAGCCACCAAAUAGAUUUUCAGGUUUUACAUGACCUGCGACAAAAAUUUCCGGAGGUACCUGAAGUUGUUGUGUCCAGAUGCAUGUUACAGGCACCUUCAUGCCUUCUUCCAUGUCUCCCAUUAUCCCUGGAACACCCAGCCCAAGCUAAAUAAUAAUAACUUGGAUGCCUGUUGUGCAGUUCUGUCUCAGGAGAGCACGAAGUAUCUCUACGGUGAAGGAGACCUAGGUUUUUCGGAUGAUUCUGGGAUUCCUGGACUACGAAAUCACAUGACAUCUCUUAACUUGGAUUUGCAGUCACAGAAUGUGUAUCACCAUGGACGAGAAGGAAGUAGAAUGAAUGGAAGUAGGACUUUAACUCACAGCAUCAGUGAUGGACAUCUUCAAGGCAGUCAGCCCAACAGCGAACUGUUUCAGCAGGAACCACAGACAGCACCAGCUCAAAUUCCACAGGGAUUUAAUGUCUUUGGAAUGGCUAAUACAGUUAGUACUUCUAAUCCAGGACAACACCUGGGAUUUCACAUAGGCAGCAAAGGAGCAUCUAGCCUCUCUCAGCAAACACCCAGAUUCAACCCCAUUAUGGUAACAUUAGCUCCCAAUAUUCAGCCUGGUCGCAAUACCCCUACGUCUUUGCACAUACAUGGUGUACCUCCACCUGUACUUAAUAGUCCACAGGGAAAUUCUAUCUAUAUCAGGCCUUAUAUUACAACUCCAGGUGGUACAGCUCGACAGACGCAGCAGCAUCCCGGUUGGGUGUCUCAGUUUAAUCCCAUGCAUCCUCAGCAAGCCUACCAGCCUUCACAACCAAGUCCCUGGACUACUCUUCCCACAUCAGGUCCUCUACCACAUACCUCAUCACAACAAUCAUCACAGCCAAACCAACAAGGCCACCAAACUUCUCAUGUCUAUAUGCCUAUCAGUUCACCCACUACUCCACAAGCACCCAUGAUUCAUUCAUCUGGUAGCUCACAACCUGCUACCCAUAGCCAAUAUAACAUUCAGAAUAUCUCAACAGGACCUCGCAAAAACCAAAUUGAAAUCAAACUUGAACCACCACAAAGAAACAAUUCUUCAAAGCUGCGUUCAUCUGGUCCUCGCACUUCCACUAAUCCUUCUUCCCUCAACAGCCAGACAUUAAGUAGAAGUCAGCCCACUGUUUACAUAGCUGCCAGUCCACCAAAUACUGAUGAAGUGAUCACCCGCAGUCAACCUAAGGUCUACAUUUCAGCAAAUGCGACAACAGGAGAUGAGCAAAUUGUGCGGAACCAACCAACGCUCUUCAUAUCAACAAAUCCUGGUGUAACUACCACCUCUAGGAAUAUGUCUGGUCAAGUAAGCAUGGGUCCUGCAUUUAUUCAUCACCAUCCACCCAAGAGUCGAGCAGUGGGCAACAACACCACUGCAACCUCUCCUCGAGUGGUGGUCACACAGCCUAACACAAAAUAUACUUUUAAAAUUACAGUUUCUCCAAAUAAACCCCCUGCAGUUUCACCAGGGGUAGUAUCCCCCACCUUUGAACCUACAAAUCUUCUAAACCUUCCUGAUCACUAUGCAGAACCAGAGGGUAUCCAGCAUCUUACUGACCCUGUUUUAGCACAUGUGGAUAGGAUCAGUGAUGCACGGAAAUUGAGUGUGGGAUCUGAUGAUGCUGCCUACACACAAGCUUUACUGGUACAUCAGAAAGCCAGGAUGGAGCGACUUCAACGUGAACUCGAGAUUCAAAAGAAAAAGUUAGAUAAACUAAAAUCAGAAGUCAAUGAAAUGGAGAAUAAUCUGACACGAAGGCGCCUGAAGAGAUCGAAUUCUGUUUCCCAAAUUCCUUCACUGGAAGAAAUGCAACAGUUGCGAAGUUGUAACAGACAACUGCAGAUAGACAUAGAUUGCCUAACCAAAGAGAUUGAUCUUUUUCAGGCAAGAGGACCACAUUUUAAUCCCAGCGCUAUUCAUAAUUUUUAUGACAAUAUUGGAUUUCUAGGUCCUGUGCCACCAAAACCUAAAGAUCAAAGGUCCAUUGUCAAAACACCAAAGACUGUUCCAGACACAGACGAAGAUGAGGGAGCUCAGUGGAAUUGUACUGCCUGUACUUUUUUAAAUCAUCCAGCCUUAAACCGUUGUGAACAAUGUGAAAUGCCCAGGCAUUUCUAAGCCAACAGGCCCAUUAUCUUUUGUAAAAACAUAACAAACCUACAACAGACUGUUCUGUCAUUGGGAAAAAUCAUUUAUGCAUAGGAUUUUGUAAAAUUGAAGGUUUGACAAGGUGGUGUUUUGCUAAUGUUAAAUGUCAGCCCACAGAGCUAAUAAUACCUCAGUGUUGUGUCCAAGGCAGUUGAAAUUCAUCAGCUGAAAGGUAAUCUGCUGAAAGACUUGGUUGUCAGCUGCCUAAACCAUGUACAGUAUUACCAAUAUCCCAAUAAGAUAAUUCACCGUGUUCAGUGCUUGGGUGUUCCCCAUCCCUCUUUAUUCCCCAAUGUCACUACUGAAUUUUGACAGGGGAAAGGAAUAGAAUGAUAGCUUUUUUGUUUUCAAAGCUUUCAGUGAAACACUACAAAUGCAGAGGAAAUUAAAAGGAACAAGGUUUAACUAUUUAAACUGUUUGCUGCCACAGUGCCCAUGGAUAGGGGAAGAACUUCACAAAUCAGUGGUACUCUUUGCCUUGUCUUCCCUGAAAACGUCUCUGCUCUGUGAAGCCAGAAUCUAUACAAUCACCUCUAAAGAUGAAAAGGAAAAACUGCAUGCAUUGUCUGUCUGUACAAUACACAGUGAAAUACCCCAGAGCUUUUCCUACUGUACAUAGCUCUAGAGCCUGCUUUAAGUGACUUCUUUUCUUCACCUUUAUUAUUUUCUUGUACUUCUGUAUGUAUAGUGUAAUAGUCUUUUUUGUUAACUUUCUUUUUUCCCUUUAAGUGAUUAAGCACGAUCAUGUCCCUUUUUUAAGCUUUUAUCUGAGAGAAGCAAUGCCUUAAAAUAAGAGCAUUAAUGGUAAGAAACUAUGCACAAAAUAGCUUUCCUCUGCACAUUCUGUACAUUGCUCUUGUAAAUGCUGAUGAUCUGUGAAGACCUGCAGAUGCAGCUUGGUAAAAAUGCAGGAAAAGUUGGAAGAGUUAUACAUAUAGUUCACGCUGUACACUGAGUUUUACGGUGGGUGACACAAGAUAAUGUUUUGUCUGGCACAAGGAAACAAACUAACAUUUUCAACCCACCAACAGACUAGCAUCCGAUUUAAGCUUGCUUCAUCUGCUGGGUAUCUUGCAGGCUCUUGAAGAGAUUUAUCGGGGAAGUACAUACAGUACCGAAAUCAACAACAGCAGCAUCAUACAGCUUUGUUCAGAGAACUUAAAAUACUUUCCUGUUUUGGCAGCCAAUUUCUAAACCUGACUUGGUGGUGAAGUCUUAUAUUUAUAGAAAACAAAGAUAGCAAUAUUUAGGACAACUGAAAUAAAGGCUGGAAAAGAGAAAUCAAGCAGACUUGAACACUGAAGCAACCUCAGCAUCUCUUUAUUUUGAUUAUUUUUAAAGGAAAAUCUUCAGAUGAUCAGGAAUGUAUGUAACUGAAGUCAAGAAAAUGAAAUUAUAUUACAGUUGACAUGAAAAAGACGGUAUGUAAAAAUGUAGCAGCACUAAGUGAGGCUGGAGGGACUGCUAAAAAUGUAGCAAAAGGCAAGAGAUAAAAUACUGUCACCCACUGUAAACAUUUGCCAGUGGACAUUUUUAAAUAGGAAUUUUACAAGUGAUCUAUGUGAAUGCACAAAGACCUUUUGUUUUGAAGGCUUUGCAUUUUUUAUGUGGGAAUAAAAUGACAAUCCCAGGUAAUUAGACAGUAGACCCAAAGCACUUGCAUUCAAUGCAUUUUGUUUAUAAAAAUGAGGCCUUGUUUUUCAGCUUCAUCUGCAGUUCUAUGUGAAGAUUGACAAAUCAGUUUUUACCUGUUUUAUUAAUAAAACCUAAUUUGGA